UCUCACUGGUCCCUGCCUCAAGUGAAUCGACCUUUCCUUGCUCGUGAAUUCGUUAGUCCGAUCGGCGGACUUUUAACAUACUGAAAAUGGCGCUUUUGUCCUUACGUUUGGCCUCGUCCUUAGUCAGGCACUUGCCUAACACCACGGUUCAGGUUAGCUGGCCUGCAAGUGUCGUGGCUUCUCGCAAAUAUCAUGUCUCCUGCAGUCGUCGCUCUGCAGAAAUUUCUGCCAUUCUGGAAGAACGUAUCCUUGGUUCAGCGCCAAAAGCUAAUCUUGAAGAAACUGGCAGAGUACUCAGCAUUGGUGAUGGUAUUGCACGUGUAUACGGGCUGAAGAAUAUUCAAGCGGAUGAGAUGGUGGAAUUCAGCUCAGGCCUGAAGGGUAUGGCCUUGAACUUGGAGCCUGACAACGUUGGUGUUGUCGUAUUUGGUAAUGACAGGCACAUUAAGGAGGGCGAUAUUGUCAAGCGUACUGGUGCCAUUGUUGAUGUCCCUGUUGGCGAAGAAUUAUUGGGUCGUGUUGUUGAUGCCUUGGGUAAUCCUAUUGAUGGCAAGGGUCCUCUGAACAGCAAACUGAGAUUCCGUAUCGGAACCAAAGCUCCAGGCAUUAUCCCCAGAGUAUCGGUUCGUGAACCUAUGCAAACCGGGAUUAAAGCUGUGGAUUCUUUGGUACCUAUCGGCCGUGGUCAACGUGAAUUAAUCAUUGGAGACAGGCAGACUGGAAAGACUGCCCUUGCCAUUGAUACUAUAAUCAAUCAGAAACGUUUCAAUGAUGCUGGAGAAGAGAAGAAGAAAUUGUACUGCAUUUACGUCGCUAUUGGCCAGAAGAGAUCCACUGUUGCGCAAAUCGUGAAGCGUUUGACCGACAGUGGUGCUAUUAAUUACACUAUUAUCGUAUCUGCCACUGCCUCCGACGCGGCUCCACUUCAAUACUUGGCUCCGUACUCUGGAUGUGCCAUGGGAGAGUUCUUCAGGGACAACGGCAAGCACGCUUUAAUCAUUUACGACGAUUUAUCGAAACAAGCCGUCGCCUAUCGGCAGAUGUCUUUGUUACUCAGAAGACCGCCAGGUCGUGAGGCCUACCCUGGUGAUGUAUUUUAUCUCCACUCACGUUUGCUUGAGAGAGCGGCCAAAAUGAACGAAAAUCUGGGAGGUGGAUCCCUGACUGCUUUGCCUGUCAUUGAAACGCAAGCCGGAGACGUGUCCGCCUAUAUCCCCACCAAUGUCAUUUCUAUCACCGAUGGUCAAAUCUUCUUGGAAACCGAAUUGUUCUACAAGGGUAUCCGACCCGCCAUUAACGUAGGCUUAUCUGUAUCCCGUGUCGGAUCUGCUGCUCAAACCAAGGCCAUGAAGCAGGUUGCUGGUUCCAUGAAAUUGGAAUUGGCUCAAUAUCGUGAGGUAGCGGCUUUCGCUCAAUUCGGUUCAGACUUGGACGCUGCGACGCAGCAAUUGCUAAAUCGUGGUGUAAGAUUAACAGAACUUCUCAAACAAGGACAAUAUGUUCCCAUGGCUAUUGAGGAACAGGUAGCUGUUAUAUAUUGUGGUGUACGUGGUUAUCUUGAUAAGAUGGACCCCUCAAAGAUCACAAGCUUUGAAAAAGAAUUCCUUGCACACAUCAGGUCUAGCCAAAAAGAUCUCCUCGCCACGAUCGCUAAAGAGAACGUAAUCAGUGAAGCGUCAGACGCAAAACUGAAGAAAAUAGUUACAGAUUUCCUUUCGUCCUACUCAGCAUAGAACGUGAUCAUCUAAUGUCUUUGAAUGUGAGUCAACAUAGAUUGAUUGGACAGAACAUACGAUGUUCUUCAAGAAUUGACUGCUGCUGAUAAGUGUUAAUGUACUGAUAUUGCAUGUUAUUAUGUUGUCAUGAAUUACAAUGUAAUUAUAUAUAAUAUCUGUGCAUUACAAAUGUUAUCGCAGCAAUUCCAUCUACGAUCUAUAAACUUGAUAGCUAUAUUACAUGUUGAUACAAAAAGAUCGACCUUUAAUAAAACUAAAAAUACUAAUAUUUAGA